AUGUCGUUCUUCGAGGGAGUUGCCGUUGCUCCACCGAUUGAGGUGUUCCACAUGAACAAAAUGUUCAUGGAUGAGAAAGAUCCGAACAAAGUCAAUCUCACUGUAGGAGCUUAUCGCACCGAGGAAGGCAAACCUUGGGUACUUCCCGUGGUCCGUGAAGCCGAAAAGUUAAUCGCUGCUGACGAAUCACUCAAUCAUGAGUACUUACCGGUUCUGGGAAUGGAAGCAUUCACCGAGGCGGCUUGUCACCUCGUUCUUGGAGAUAACAGCCCAGCUAUCAAGAGCGGCAGGUAUUUUGGAACGCAAUGCCUGUCGGGUACCGGCUCGCUGCGUGCUGGAGCUGAAUUCUUAGCUCGAAUACUCGGCUACAAGACCGUCUACUUAAGUAAUCCAACCUGGGGAAAUCACAAGCUGGUGUUCAAAAAUGCUGGUUUUGACAAUAUCUGCUCUUACACCUAUUGGGAUCCGGUUAAUAGGAAAGUCGACAUGGAAAAGGUUCUUCACGAUCUGGAACAUGCGCCAGAGAAGUCGGUCGUUGUACUUCAUGGAUGCGCUCAUAACCCAACCGGUAUGGAUCCAACCCAAGAGCAAUGGAAACAGAUCUGCGAAGUCAUUAAGCGUCGACACCUGUUCCCAUUCUUUGACAUCGCCUACCAGGGAUUCGCUUCGGGAAGCCCGGACGCUGACGCCUGGGCUAUUCGUUACUUCGUCGAUCAAGGCAUGGAAAUGUUCAUCGCACAGUCUUUUGCGAAGAACUUCGGAUUAUACAAUGAACGUGUUGGCAAUAUGUGCGCCGUUGUAAAGGACCCAUCUGUACUACCUGGAUACAAAUCUCAAAUGUCACUAAUUAUCAGGGCCAACUGGUCUAAUCCUCCAUGCCAUGGUGCUCGCGUGGUUCACAAGGUGUUAACGACACCAGCAAUGCGCCAGCAAUGGGAUGAGUGCAUAAAGAUAAUGUCGUCGAGGAUCAGACAAAUGCGGGAGGCUCUCCGAAGUCACUUAGAAAAACUUCACACACCUGGUUCAUGGAGUCACAUAACGCAACAGAUUGGAAUGUUCAGCUACACAGGUCUCAACGCGGCCCAAGUAGAUCAUCUGGUGAACAAGCACAAAGUAUUUUUGUUGAAAGAUGGACGUAUCAGUGUAUGCGGUCUGACGACGAAAAAUGUCGAGCAUGUAGCGAGGGCGAUUGAUGAUGCCGUCAGAAAUAUCUCAGCCAAUUUGUAG